AGCACCCUCCAACAUACUUAGGUGACCGUUCUCCCUUGCGAUUUUCUCAGGUUUUACUUCUUCCCGGGUUCCACCAAACCAAAAAAGACCACCUCCAGUUUCAGUGCUCGUCUCCACCUUCAACCUCUGUACAGAUCUGAUCUGACCGAUUUCAACUCCAAUUGCUCCCAUUUAAACCCAAGUUUCUGUAUUUUUCGAUCCCAAACAACUGUAGCUUUCGCUGAUUUCUGAAAGCUACUGAUCCAGUCACUUUUGUGGUUAUCAUCAUCCAUCGCACUUUCUUUUUAUGAAAAAUUAGACUUCUACCAGAAAACUUUCAGCUUUACUAUUUCUUGUCUAGUUAUCCAAGAAACAACCAUUGAUCACUUCCUACUGAUGCAGCCACUUUGUUAGAGACCAGAGGUAUGACUUCAGGUACGAGACUACCAACAUGGAAAGAAAGAGAGAACAACAAGAGAAGAGAAAGGAGAAGAAGAGCCAUUGCAGCAAAGAUCUUUUCUGGGCUACGAAUGUAUGGCAACUUCAAGCUUCCAAAGCACUGUGACAAUAAUGAAGUCCUUAAAGCCCUCUGCAAUGAGGCUGGUUGGGCCGUCGAGCCCGAUGGCACCACUUACCGCAAGGGAUGCAAACCUGCGGAGCACAUGGACAUUAUUGGUGGUUCUGCUACAGCAAGCCCAUGCUCCUCAUAUCUCCCUAGCCCCUGUGCUUCCUAUAACCCAAGUCCUGGAUCCUCUUCCUUUCCCAGUCCAGUUUCAUCCUCCUAUGCUGCUAAUGCCAAUUUGGAUGACAAUUCCCUCCUCCCGUGGCUCAAAAACCUCUCAUCGGCUUCCUCUUCUAAGCUUCCCCAUCUAUACAUCCAUGGUGGCUCUAUAAGUGCUCCUGUUACUCCUCCCUUGAGCUCGCCAACUGCUAGAACCCCCCGAAUAAAAACUGGCUGGGAAGACCAACCAAUCCACCCAGGCUGGUGUGGGCAGCACUACUUGCCAUCUUCAACUCCACCAAGCCCUGGCCGUCAAAUUGUUCCUGAUCCAGGAUGGUUUGCUGGGAUUCGAUUGCCACAAGGUGGUCCAACUUCUCCCACAUUCAGCCUGGUUGCCUCCAACCCGUUUGGCUUCAAGGAAGAGGCUUUAGCUGGUGGUGGGUCCCGCAUGUGGACUCCUGGUCAAAGUGGUACGUGUUCACCUGCCAUUGCAGCUGGCUCUGACCAGACAGCUGAUAUUCCCAUGGCAGAGGUGAUCUCGGACGAGUUUGCAUUCCGAUGCAAUGCAACUGGGCUAGUGAAGCCAUGGGAAGGGGAGAGGAUCCAUGAAGAGUGUGGAUCAGAUGAUCUAGAGCUUACACUUGGGAACUCAAGAACCAGGUGAGCUGGGAUGAUAUUUGAUCAAAUAGAUUAACUCUACUGUCAUUUUACUGGUCCCAUGUUGGGAUUCAGAUCAUCAAUGGCAGAAAUGAAAACAUCCAAGUGAUCUCCUUACAUGAACUUUCAUUUCAUGGUUGUACUACUGAAAAUAGAGUUAUAGAUGGGAUCUUGGUGAGUAUUAGCACAUGCUCCCUUCUUAUUUAUUUUCUUUUCCCUGUUUCCCGUGUACUUAUUUCUAGACAACAUGUAGGCAGGUAGACAGUGCUUCAAGGUGAGAAUUGGUUUCAGAACCCUUUCACUUGGUUAGUUCCAUUGAAGAACUCCUACUACGGGUUGCCAGCCUUCAGUUUCUGGUUUGCCAUUAAAAAGUAACGCUCAAGUGAGUGGAAUUGUAAUUCAAGGGCCAAACCUUUUGUGCAUUCUUGGCAUUAAUAUGUAUUGUUCAUAUUAUCA